ACAAAAUGGCGGACGAAGUGUGAAAAAUGAGUUUAUAAAACUAAAAGCAGUUUAAACCGGAUUUUCUUAGUAUUUCGAAAUUUUUGUAAGGCUCAUUAAGCUAUGUUGGGUAAGCUGAAAUUGUAAGGAGCGCGAAUUUAUAGGGAUUUGUUGUUGUGUGCUUGUGAAAGGAGAUGGCAGAAGCUUUAAAUGCCAAUCAGGGUUCACAGCAAGGUUCACAUUCACCUAGUCCUGUUCCACCAGUUUCCAGAGAAAGAGCAUUGUUAGAAAGCUUUUUUCAUGCCUUGAGUCAGUUUGCUUUUGAAAAAGCUAAAGACCAAGUGGAAAAAGAAAGAGAUAUAAAAAGGAAUUCUUCAGCGUACAACAACUUAUCAAGUGCAUUAUGGCAGAAUUUCAUGAACAUUUUGACUCACUUAGCUGGAGCAGAAAAAAUUUAUUUCUCUCUUUCAUUCAUUACAAAGAAAAUCUUCAGAAAAGAUUUUGCAAGAGAUAACUAUAGAGUUCUUGUGAGUGAACUGAAGAAAACAGAAGAAACUGCACAGAGUUCUCAUUCAAGGGCCAGUCCACCAGUUGAGUGCAGCUUGCUGACUGAAGUAUGCAGACACUUGUCUCAAUUUGUGCAAGCAAGACUUGAACUCAUAGACUUUUAUGAGAGCUUAGCCAGUGUUGGAGUCCUACCAAACUCAAAUUAUGCUGAUUUGGUCAGCAUUAUUGAGGAAAUUAUUGAAAAACAUCAAAAGGGCUUCCACCAUCCAAUUUUGGACCCCUUAAAAUCAAGUUUUAGUUUAGAGGUAGAUGUUCUUCAUCAUGCUUUACAGGCUCAAUGUGACAUGACAGAAUGGAAGUUUCUUCCAUCUCUUCUACAUUUGAAUGAAAGUCACAGCAAGCUGUUGACUUGGGGACAGUUAUUGCCUGCUUUGUCCAGUAAAGAGCUGAGCGUAUCGUUAUCCACCAAGAAGUCAAUAUUCAGUAGUGCACCCAAGAAACAAGCAGAAGCACCUUUCCUCUACCUGUGGUUGAAUAAACUACAAGCAUCUCUCGUAUCAAAGUUCACUUUGUACUUUUUCACGAUUCUGAGCGCACAGACCAGCCAAGCAGAGAUGAAGACCCUCACAGCACGAGCGACUACAGACUACAUAGCAAAGAUCACUGCAUUUCAACGCCGUUCAGACGCGCUCAACAUCUCCAUCCUCUUCGACGCCCAGACACUUGAUUCAUACCGUGGUCAUGGUUACCAUUUUCCUCAAGACAAAAUGGACCAACCCGCGGGCGUUGGGGCAUUCCCUGCCAUUGUCUCCAUACCUGGGGAGCGUCCUGUAGAGCAUUGGCCGAACAUCAUAUCGAUCAUAAUGGACAAGAACCAUGGACACGAUCUCACCUACACAGACAAGAUUGUCUACUUCUUUGAUAACAGGGUUCAAAGUACGUAUUUCCUGACUCGAAUAGACUACCGCAUGACGCUCAUCAUUACCUUCUGUACCAAGAAAGCAGAAAAAGACUCGUAUAUUACGACAUUUAUGAAUG